AAGUCAGUCCGGUCCUGAUCCUGGAGGGACCGCAGGCUGCGGAGGCAAAGGGGAAGUUUGAACGAAAGAAACAAAGAGAAGAAGAAGAAGAAAGAAGAAGAAGAGGCGGAGAUCCAUUUCUGAUCUGGUCCAGUCCAAGAUGAACCUGUGUGUCCUGGUUCUGGGUCUGUCCCUGGUUCUGACCGUCUGUGUGGCCCGGUCUCCGUACCAGGCGGUCCUGCAGCACAGCCGGAUCAGAGGCCGGCUGCAGGGUCCAAACGUCUGUGCCAUGCAACAGCUCAAAGGAACCGACAAGAAAUACUUCACCAACUGCAAACAGUGGUACCACCGCAAGAUCUGUGGGAAACCCACUGUGAUCACCUACGAGUGUUGUCCUGGUUAUGAGAAGAUUCCCGGGGAGAAGGGCUGUCCUGCUGCACUGCCUCUGGUGAACAUCUACAACACACUGGGCGUGGUCGGAGCCUCCACCACUCAGAUGUACUCUGAACGAGCCAAACUCAAGGAGGAGAUUGAAGGUCCAGGAAGCUUCACCUUCUUCGCACCGAGCAACAAGGCCUGGACCGCCCUGCCCACGGAGAUCCUGGACGCUCUGGUGAGCAACGUAAACAUCGAGUUGCUGAAUGCUCUUCAUUACCACAUGGUAAACCGCCGGCUAACCUCUGAGGAGCUCAAACAUGGAUCCUCCUUCGCCUCCAUGUACCAGGACUUCCCUGUCCACAUCCAACACUACAGCAAUGGGAUUGUGACAGUGAAUUGUGCUCGUCUGAUCAAACCCGACCAACAUGCCACUAACGGCAUUGUGCAUGUGGUUGACCGCGUCAUCACCGCAGUCUCAAACACUGUGCAGUCGCUCCUCGACAUUGACGAAAGCCUGGAGACACUGCAGACAGCGAUGGCUGCUGCGGGUCUGACUACCAUGUUGGAGAACGAGGGUCAGUACACCGUCUUUGCUCCCACCAAUGAGGCCUUUGAGAAGAUUCCUCAGGAGACCCUGAACAGGAUCCUGGGAGACCCUGUGGCUCUAAGAGACAUGCUGAACUACCACAUCCUGAAGCAGAUACAGUGUGCAGAGUCAAUUGUGUCAGGGACUCCGAUGGAGACUCUGCAGGGCACCGUAUUGGAGGUUGGCUGUGACGGAGACCAGAUGACCCUGAACGGGAAGGCCAUUAUCACCAAGACAGACCAGCUGGGAACCAACGGGGUCAUCCACUUCAUCAAUGAGCUGCUUAUCCCUGACUCAGCUAAAGUUCUUCUGGAGCUAGCUGAAGGUUCAUCUGUUGCAACGGUGACCAGGCUGUUUGUGGAGGCAGGUCUGACACCUUACCUGACCGGCUCUGAGGCUCUGACUAUGCUCGCUCCUCUAGACGACGCUUUCAAAGGCAGUCUGACGAUGACGCCUGAAAUGAGGAAGCUGAUGACCAAUCACAUCGUGAAGGAGCAGCUGUCCUCCAAGUCUCUGUAUCACGGUCAGGAGCUGGAGACGCUCGGAGGACUCAAACUCAGAGUGUUCGUCUACAGAAACAACCUCUGCAUUGAGAACGCUUGCAUUGCUGCUCAUGAUAAGACUGGACGUUAUGGCACCAUGUUCACCGUGGACAAAGUCCUCAGUCCGCCAACGGGGACAGUCAUGGAUGUGCUUAAGGCAGACGACCGCUUCAGCCUCCUGGUUGGAGCCAUCCAGACUGCAGGUAUGACGGAGCUGCUGAACCAGCAAGGAGAGCUCACCUUCUUUGCCCCGACCAACAAUGCCUUCACUGCCAUAAACCAGCUCGAGCUCAACAGACUGAUGCGUAACCGUCAGGAGCUGGCAGGUGUGCUCAGGUAUCAUCUGGGUGAGGGCAUGUUGGUGAGCGGAGGAGUUGGAUCUCAUACCAGAAUCAAACCUCUGCAGGGAGACAAGCUGGAGCUUGGCGUGAGGAACUACACUGUGUAUGUCAACAAAGUCCCAGUGGCCGACGCAGACCUGAUGGCGACUAAUGGAGUCGUCCACGCUGUCAACAGCAUCAUCAAACCUCUACCUCCGAAGGUGGACCGGGACCGGGAACAGGCUGAUGGACCUGCAGCUCUUCUCAGACCGGCUGCAUCCUCUUUGGCCGACGCCAAGAGAUUCAAGAACGAUGAUCUCUUCCAGAAGGUGGUCCGGAGUCGCUCCAGCAGGACGAUGAACAAGAGUCAGUAAAAAACUCGAGAAGAAGAACUGGAUGUCUGAAGAACGUCAGCUGAACAUCUGAAGAAUGUCUGAAGAACAGACAUGUGGUCAAAGUGUCAAAGAUGGCAGACAGAAAAAUCCUCCUGAGAUCCUCCAACACCAAAAAACGAUUCAACAAUUCAUCAAACAAACGCCGUGAAACAAACAGAACAGGUUGUCAACAUGUCAGUACAUAGAAAUGUGUUUACAGAUCUGCUUCAGAGCCGGGUUGGUCCAAAUACUGAUCAGUGUGAUGACACCCACCUGUCAAUCAAAGCGUCCACGCUCUUAACCCUGCAUAACUUUAAGCCUUAAUAUAAUGUGAACAGGUGAGUUGUAUAUAAAUUCACCCUCAGUACAGUUGUCAUGAACGGGGAA